AUGGGCCGAGCGCUGAAGAACGAUGAGAUGUUGAGGGAUCUUCCCGGGGCUUCCGCUGCGGGGGGUGGACGCGUCCGAGUGCGCGCGGCUUGGGUGAGCACGCCGACGGGGAGAAAAGUCGUCGAGCUCUCACCCAUGCCGGCGGACGAAGAGACCGCGAGGUCGGACGCCGGGGAGGAGAUCGAGAGCGAUUGGUGGGCGGUCACCGUAAGCGUGUACGACGACCGAGAGGAGCACCUGUGCGAUCUGGCGAUGAGCGAGGACAACACGGUGGCGGCGCUGAAGACGCGGCUCUUGGCCCAGUUUCCAGAGAAAUCAGCUGCGACAACAAUGGAUUUCGACGAAACCGCUCUACAGGAAAAGCUAGAAAAGAUUAAGAUGAGGUCUCCGCCGGCCAGUCAGAAAACGAUCAGUCACACGAAUCCGAUGUACGACAAUGACACGGAAGAGAGGGUGCUCACAACAAGUGGUCGAGUCGGCGGUAAAGGCACGGAGACGGGAAAAUUCGGUAUUCAGAAUGUCCUAGGAAUAGUGCGCGACAUAGUAGCUCCGAUUGUUUCUGACGAAUCGUCCCCGUCGGCUUCCGAUGACGAAAUUGAGGAGGAUUUUGACGACACGGGUGACGUUAUGACACUUGUUGCGUCGUUGGACGAAACAGACGAGGAGGAGGAGGAUAUGAAAGUUCCAACAGGCCAGCUUUUCGGAGGGCCACACUCAAAAAUCAUAGUCGGUUACUUGCCGACAAAUUACCAGGAAACAUUCGAAAGGAUACUCAUCUUUUUACAAAAAGUACUGGAUGAAUAUCUACCUGCCGUUGCCUCAUUUCCACCAGCUGCACAUUUAGUUUUUGCGAUCACCAUAGCCGCAGUCUUGGUCGAGUUGCUGGGUUUUGCUUUGUGGACGACGAUUGCAAUUUCGGUUUGCUACGCUCGCGUGCGAAGCGAGGAAGAGCUGAGGAGGAGAGCUGAAAAUCGGAACAUGAAACUUGCGAUGAAAAUGCAACAAGUCAAAAGCGAGUUCAAUCGCAUGAAAUAUAUCGCAGAGCACGUAUCUAGUGCGCGUGAUAAGCGUGCGCUGAACUCGCUCACGAAAUCGGGCGACUUAGCUUGGGCCAAUGCCGUGAUGGCCGCGACGUACAGCGGUUUUCUGCGCGAUUGGGCGAACAGGAAGAUUGAGAAGACUAUUUCAGAACGUCUCGAGACACAGAAACCAGCAAUUCUGGAGAAGUGUGCCAUCGUAGAUUUCAAGCUGAGCGAUAAGGCACCAGUCGCAUCGGCCAUACGCGUUAUCAAGAGUCAGAAGCUGCAAGACGGUGACGUUCUCUUGGAGCUGGCAAUUUCUGCCGAUCGCUCGGAGUUUUCGUUCAGUAUUGGCGCCAAGCUGAAGCUCGGGCCCCCCAUAAAGAUUGACGUCAAAUUUAAGGCUGAAAAACUUGAGGCGCGCGCCGCUGUGGUGUACACGAAGAUGGCACCCUUCGCUAAGACUGUCCGAGUGUCUCUCGCGGAGGUACCCAAAACGAAUUUGAGCAUUAGUCACAAUGGGAUGGACAUCGCAGAUCUGCCCGGAGUGGACAUUUGGAUUCGCACCUCUAUCGAGAAGCUGACGGUGAAUCGCUUCCUGGAACCGAAUGCUAUUAUUUACAACUGUGAUGUUCACUGGCGCAAACAUCAGGCGAAGGUUCGAAAAGAGCGCGAAGGCGCGUAG